UCCAUUCCCUUUGUUUUUUUCAUCUUAAUGCGAUUUGUCAGCACCUUCCUCGCUCUGUAUAAAAUCACAUAUUUUCUUCUUCCUCUCUCUCUCUCUUUCCAUCGAUCGGAGAAAAUGGAGGUUUUCUAUUUCAUGGUGUUCGGAGCUCUCGCGGCAGUGGUUGCCGCCUUGGAAUUCAGUAAAUCCAGCAAAGACCGCAUUUCCACUUCCCCCGCCUUCGACUCCUUCAAGAACAGCUAUCUCCUCGUCUACUCUCUCAUGAUGGCCGGGGACUGGUUGCAGGGUCCGUAUGUGUACUAUCUUUAUAGUACAUAUGGUUUCGGGAAAGGGGAGAUCGGUCAGCUCUUCAUUGCUGGUUUUGGAUCUUCAAUGCUCUUUGGUACAAUUGUGGGAUCUCUGGCUGAUAAACAGGGUCGGAAGAGAGCUUGCAUCACAUAUUGCAUCACCUACAUCCUGAGCUGUAUCACCAAGCAUUCUCCCGAGUACAGAGUCUUGAUGGUUGGACGUGUUUUGGGAGGUAUUGCCACUUCUCUGCUGUUUUCCUCCUUCGAGUCUUGGCUUGUUGCUGAGCACAACAAGAGGGGUUUUGACCAACAGUGGCUAUCAGUGACUUUCUCCAAGGCAAUAUUUCUUGGGAAUGGUCUGGUGGCCAUCUUAGCUGGACUGUUUGGUAAUUUUCUGGUGGACUCCGUAGGAUUGGGCCCUGUUGCGCCAUUUGAUGCUGCAGCUUGCUUUCUUGCUAUCGGUAUGGCCAUUAUAAUGUCUUCAUGGUCCGAGAAUUAUGGAGAUCCUUCAGAGAACAAAGACUUGAUUACUCAGUUCAAAGCCGCUGCUUCAGCAAUUGCUUCUGAUGAAAAAAUUGCAUUGCUAGGCGCCAUACAAUCUCUCUUUGAAGGAUCCAUGUACACCUUUGUGUUCCUCUGGACUCCAGCUCUGAGCCCGAAUGACGAGGAAAUCCCGCACGGUUUCAUUUUCGCAACAUUCAUGUUGGCUUCAAUGCUAGGUAGCUCCAUUGCCUCUCGGUUGAUGGCACCUACGUCCCCAAAAGUAGAAAGCUAUAUGCAGAUUGUAUUUGUGAUCUCUUCUGCAGCUCUGAUGCUCCCCGUGAUAACAAGCUUCUUGGUAGCGGCAUCGGGUGUAAAAGGUGGAAGCAUAUCAUUCUCAGGGUGUAUUCAGUUGAUUGGUUUCUGCGUGUUUGAGGCUUGUGUGGGAAUAUUCUGGCCAUCUAUAAUGAAGAUGAGAUCUCAAUACAUCCCAGAGGAAGCCAGAAGCACUAUCAUGAACUUCUUCCGCAUCCCACUCAACAUCUUCGUAUGCCUUGUGUUGUACAAUGUGAAUGCAUUUCCAAUGACAGUCAUGUUUGGAAUGUGCGCAAUAUUCCUUUUUGUGGCCUCAAUCUUACAAAGGAGGCUUAUGGUUGUCGCUGAGAUUCACAAGUCAAGAUCACAAGAGUGGAGAGGAGAGAAAGAGAUGACGGCAGAGGCUGAACCACUGAACGCUUAAGCAAAACCUUUUGAGUCUCUCCAACCUGAUUUGGUAAGGAUAAUGCAGAACCUCUUAUUAUUAGGUUAUUGUUUUUUAUUUCUCCAAAGUCUACUCCUACUUUGCUGAAUUUUUUUUAAAAAAAUUUUGAUUGUUAAUUCUCUCACGCUUUGGCCUUUGUGGCCAUUUAAUCUUUGAAUCUGGAACCAUCUUUGGUCGAUUAUUGUUGUUCCA